GUUGUCUACUUAACUUGGCACAUUAUUUGCAUAUAGUCAAUAUAGUCUUUUCAUUGGCUCAUUGUCUUUCCUCAGUCAGAUGGAAUAAAUUGAAAUGUGUAUCUUUUAAAGAUUUACGAUUUGACGUUGGAUUAAAUCAGAUACGUGGCAUCAGAAUUUGGGAAUGGGAUAGCCUACAUAAUUCAAUAGUUUGCCAGUUUGAUAGGCAUAUACGUCUCACAUUUUAGUGUAUGAGCGUUGAUUUUUCUAGCGAAAGUAUACUUCUCAAUGGUCGAAACGUUGACAUUUUUUGUCAACCUCAAAUUAGUCAUCAGUGGAUAAAGAGAUUAAGACUGGCCAAAAGACAAUGUAAAAUGUUCAUAAUUACCAGUGUCUCAAUAAAUUACGUCAGUUGCAAAUGUUAUGCGCAUUCUAGCGUAUUCCUUUGGACUUGUGAUUUACGUCUUUCCUUGGUAUCAAUAGUAGCAAAUGGGAUUAGACAGAUCAGUUGCACAUGAGCGCUGUAAACCACUCACGAUGAGCAUUUUGUGUUCUUAAGCACUUCUACAGGUUGGCUGCUUGAUUGGAAUCAGGUUGAGGUUCAUCCGUGCCUAGAAGGCAUCCUUUUUGGGACAGUUUCAUGUUUUGACGUUUGAGAGAUAAAAUGGCUAUUCUGUCAACAGAGAUUUCCUUUAUGGCUAAUAUUUUUAAAACGAUCUUCGACUCCCAAAACAAUGUGUUGUUCGGCUUAGUUUCCUCUUAGGACAAGGAGUUCUUAAUGAUGUCAUAAAUCCUGAUUCCCUUGAAGGAUUUCAAGUAAUCUGCGUGUGAAAUUACUUUACCUAAAAAGUAAAGAUGACAUAAAACAAUUUAGGCUGUGGCACCUAUAAUUUAUAAUUAUUUUAGCCUAUUAUUAAUAUUAGUAGUAUUACUGUCAUUAGUCUUUAAUAGUGUAAUGAAGGUAGGAUAAUACCAACCAUUUUGCACAAAGUGGCACAUCUUUCAACUAUCUAAUAGUUUAGGGAAUUAUCUGCAAUGACUUAAACUCAGUUGUUUUUGGUGUCCUUGCCUCUCUUUCAAGCGCUAAACUGCUGCCUCCGACCUAUCUGUUUUGUCUAUUUACAUAUAGCAAUUUUCUCCAGGGGACAUUUUCAUUAACAUUUUACAGUCAUUAUUAUUCCUCCGUCAAAUGAUCAUAUGAUCUGAAUUGUUAGACAAAAGAUCUGUUGAUCAACCGCAGAAGGCUGCGGAAUCAAUUCUCUUCUGCUUCCUGUCCCACACAAGCCUCACACACAUUCAGCUGUAAGCAUUCAUUGUACCCUGCCGUUGUGACAUUGGUUUUGAAUCAAACAUUUCUAUAAACUCUUGAUUUGCAUGACUCGUUCCUAGAGAUUAUGGAUUGGACAUCCAAUCCGCAAGCCUACCAAUACUUCAUGCAACAAUUGCUGUUUUCUGGGAAAUAAGUCAGAAGUGUAGAAAUUCUCAGCUGCUUGUGAACAAUCAAAGGGAUUGUUUGUGUGAGGACUGUACCAGCGCCAGGCCUGCCCGUCACUUUCACAUGCAACGCAGACAUGGGGUCUCCUGGGAAACGAACAGCAGUAACUUUGGGCUAUUUCACAACAUUUGCUCCAUCUUUUAUCUUGGGGAUACGUAGCAUACUAUCUAUCGAGCUUUCAAAUAACUAACAUGGAUUUCCUUCUGUCUUUCUCUCCGUGUUUCCAACCCUCCCCUCUCCUUCCGCGCAACCAUUGCUCCACAAGUCACCUUGCUACCUACCUGUAAAGCUUGCAACAAGGACCCGCACCUUCAGGGCUUUUUUCUGUCAAACCGUCUGGGUACUACUUUACGCUCUUCUACCUUUCCACGCCCCUGUGCUGAAGUAUUUGGCUGAACCGCACUCUUUCCGCAAGAGCACUCUCUUUUUUUUCCUCUGCGCCAAUCACUCCUCCUCCCCCCCUCCUCGACCAUGGGAGGCAAGAUAGACAUGCAUUACAUCGUGUUCUCGCCUGUGUACCUGUUGAUGUGGCUGUACACGCUGAUCACCUUUGUCCCAUGGUAUUUACUCACUGACCCGGGGAAGAAGAAAACCAUGGCCAAAAGAGUCAAAGCCAAGUCGACCACUGGCAAACCCGAGGGGCCCUAUCGCUCCGUGGACCACUUUGACUCCCUGGCCCGGGAGGACUUUGACGGCAAAGACACCCUGGACAAGCUGUUCAAACACGCCGUGCAGCGAUUCUGCAAAGCCGACUGCCUCGGCACCAGGGAGGUGUUGAGCGAGGAGAACGAGACGCAACCCAACGGGAAGGUCUUCAAAAAGCUGAUCCUGGGGGAGUACAGGUGGCUGUCCUACGACGAGGUGGACCAGAUCAUCGACCGCCUGGGGAGCGGGCUGGCAGCGCUGGGCCAGCAGCCCAGGGACACCAUCGCCAUCUUCUGCGAGACGCGGGCCGAGUGGAUGAUCACGGCGCAGGCCUGCCUCCGACGCAACUUUCCUUUGGUGACGCUCUAUGCUACGCUGGGGGAGGAAGCGGUGGUCUAUGGUUUGAAGGAUUGCGGGGCCACUCACCUCAUCACUAGCGCUGAACUUCUGGAGACCAAACUCAAACAUGCGCUGGGAGAGAUUCCAAACUUGAAACACAUCAUUUACGUGGACAACAAGACCAUCAGCAAGACUGGUUACCCAGACAACGUCCAGAUCCACAGCAUGCAGGCUGUACAAGAGCUGGGAGCCAAACCGGAGAACUUGAGCAUAGAGGUCCAGUCGCCCCAGCCCACGGAUCUGGCCGUUGUCAUGUACACCAGCGGCUCCACCGGCCGCCCCAAAGGCGUCAUGAUCAUCCACAGUAACCUGAUAGCCGGCAUGACAGGCCAGUGUGAGAGGAUUCCUGGCCUGGGGCCCACGGACACCUACAUCGGCUACUUGCCCCUGGCCCACGUGCUGGAGAUGACCGCAGAGAUCUCCUGUGUGACGUACGGAUGCAGGAUCGGAUACUCGUCACCACAGACUCUCUCUGACCAGUCAACCAAGAUCAAAAAGGGUAGUAAAGGAGACUGCUCUGUGCUGAGGCCCACGCUGAUGGCAGCUGUUCCGGAGAUAAUGGACCGCAUCUAUAAAAAUGUGAUGAACAAGGUGCAGGAGAUGAACUACAUGCAGAGGACUCUCUUCAGGCUGGGCUACAACUACAAACUGGAGCAGAUUAAAAUGGGCUACGACGCCCCCAUCUGCAACCUGAUUCUGUUCAAGAAGGUGAAGGCUCUGCUGGGCGGAAACAUCCGGAUGAUGCUGUCAGGAGGGGCGCCUCUGUCCUCCACCACCCAGCGCUUCAUGAACGUGUGCUUCUGCUGCCCGGUGGGGCAGGGCUAUGGGCUGACGGAGACCUGCGGAGCCGGCACCAUCACAGAGAUGGCGGACUACAGCACUGGGCGAGUCGGGGCCCCCCUCGUCUGCUGCGAGUUGAAGCUGAAAGACUGGGUUGAAGGCGGGUACACGGCCCAGGACAAGCCCCACCCUCGAGGCGAGAUCAUGCUCGGUGGGCCCAAUAUCACCAUGGGCUACUACAAGAGCGACCACCUGAACGAGGACUUUGUGGUGGACGAGAGCGGCCAGCGGUGGUUUUGCACCGGAGACGUGGGCGAGAUCCACGCGGACGGCUGCCUCCAGAUAGUGGACCGUAAGAAGGACCUGGUCAAGCUGCAGGCUGGGGAGUACGUCUCACUGGGCAAAGUGGAAUCGGCCCUGAAGAACAGCCCCCUCAUCGACAACAUCUGCGCAUACGCUAACAGUGAACAGAGCUAUGUGAUCAGCUUCGUGGUACCAAAUCAGAAGCAGUUGACAGAACGGGCCAGUAAGAAUGGUAUUACCAGCACCUGGGAAGAGAUCUGCAACCACCCAGCUAUGGAGAAGGAAGUGUUGGAGGCCAUCAAAGAGGCUGCAGCCUCAAUCAAACUGCAAUGUUUCGAGAUUCCGGUGAAAGUGCGUUUAAGUCCAGAGCCCUGGACCCCAGAAACGGGUUUGGUGACGGAUGCUUUCAAGCUAAAGAGGAAAGAGCUGAAGAACCACUAUCUCACCGACAUUGAGAGGAUGUACGGAGGGAAGUGAAAGUCACCGUCCAAAGAGAGUGUGUGUGUGUGUGUCGAGAUGGUGUGAGAGCGCAUUUGUGUAUGUUCUCCAAAAGCAUUGACAAGUUUAACCCCAUACUGUUACAUAAAUAAUGCAAAUUAUGUCCACUUAUGAAUAUUUGUCCGUAACGUCACGCACAUAGAGGUCAGUUGGUUACAAGAACUUCUGUUGUAAACGCACAGCUUUGUGUAAAACUGCCAUUUUAUUGCAAAUUUGUGGAUUUGCAUCUUGUAAUUUGCCUUUUGAAAUUUAUUAUGAAAUGUAUGUAAAUAAUGAGAUUUUUUUGUGCCUGUUAAAGGUAGCUUGGUGUCAUAAAAUGUCUUGAAAAUGGCCAUUGUUGGCUUCAUUUGAUAAAUCUGCACAGCAGCUGUAAAACCUGUCAGGUAAAAGUGUGGUGCAAAGACUGCAUUAUACUGCCCCCUAGUGAAGAAGCAUUCACAGAGAAGCUAUCAGAAAAUGCCAGGCCCGCCAGUCUUAUUUGAUAUCAGCGGGUCUUGAGUUUACUCAUUCUCACAUGCUCCGUACACGACAGCUGUCCCUUCGCCCAUCACCACCUGUGCUUGUGUUCAAUCUGUUCAGUCAUGUUUAUUUAAAAGGACUCUCCGACAUAGUACUUUAAAUCCCUUGCGUUUUUGUUUAGUUUUGAAGUUAUUCAGGUUUUAUGAUCUUUGACUUUGUAAAUAGUGUGCUGGUGGUUGUUCUUUCUGCAAAUAUUUCUGUUAGCAUUUUGCAAAUGUUUAAUUUGCAUCACUGUGGAAUACACCUCUUCUCACUAUAAAGCACCACUAUUGUUCUAUUUGUAGAAUAUUCAUAGGUCAAAAGUUUCAGGACAUCUUUGUGGUGUUGUUUGAAUACUGUUGUCUGAAUAUACUAAAUUAAUAGACUGUACACUAUUACUGGAUGGGACACUUGUAAAAUGAAUAUUUACUUUUGUCCAUAGUAAUGCUUGACAAGAUGAAAUAUUUCCAACUAUGUAUUUAUUUUUGAUUAUUUACAAUGUAUUUUUUAGAAUACAAUAAUUGAAAAUUCCCUUGAGUGACAUGGAAAAACUUGAAUGUAAAGAUUUUCUAUGUAUGUUCAUUAAAGUAAGGUCAUGUACACUUUAACUUUUAAGAGAUGGUUUUGGUAUAAGGUCAAAAGUGGUGCAUGUUGAAAUGGCACUAUCGUAUGUGAUUUAUCAUUCUGUAGUUGUGACAAAACAGUAAAAAUAGAAAACUGGUCAAUGGAAACGUGUGUAUUAUUGACAGUGUUAGUACUGUACGUUAAAAGUAUUGUCACAUUUGCACAUAUCUGUAAUGGCCAACAUAUUUAGGUAAAUGUUUUUUGGGGGUCUUGAUGUAUUAGAAUUGUUUUUUAUCCUGUGGGGUUGACUACAUCCAUCAGGAAUGCAGCUGCUGUUAUAUUUAUACUAAGAUCCAUAUUCCAGCAGAUUCUGCUGAUAACUUCUAUCAGCUAUGUUUACUGUAGAAUAUUUAUUCAAAGCUGUCUGUGUGUAAAUUGUGGAACAGUUUAUGAUAAGGGAUCUGGGCAGUGUGUACUUAAUGAUUAUUUCCUUUGAUGUACAUAUUAUUUUUAUAUUGGUAUAUUAAAGCUUCUGCCCUAAAA